CCACAGUCUGCCGGCAUCAUUGUUGUCGCAUGCACAUCCUCAAGUGCUGCCUCUUGCUGCACACCUCCGCAGCAAGCCGAAGCCAACUCCGUUCUGCGUCUAGGCACGCUGACAGAUCAAGAAUGGCAUGCGACGCCGCACGGCGAUCCUCUCCAUACGCCGCUCGGAACCAGCCAAGAUCCUGUUCCCGGCAGAUGCGUUGCGUUGAUGACCGACCCUCUGCCCUCUACACACUAUCCCGAGCGCAGUCGUCCUUUUGAGGAGCAGCAUCGCGUUCCCGUGCGACAUUGGCCCCAUCUGAUCCGUAUAUAUCUGAGGCAAGCUUGCUCGUUGUACAGUCCUCUCACCUCGUAAAUGAACGCAAACGUAAUGUGGUCUUCAGGUCCCAAAAAAAAGAACUUGAAGGAGCAAUCUUCCUUCGCGCCAGCCGAUGGAGAACAGUGCCAUGCGUACCACAUGCACAUGCACAUACAAAUAUGCAAAUGUGCAUUCGUAUACAUGUGUGUAGUAUAAAAUGCGGCAUUGAUUUCACGUCAGCGCUCGAUCGUAAACUGUUUCUACCUGCCAUGACGCGCGAUUUCGUCGGUUCGCUGAGCGACUCUCUGGCCUUUCGUAUGCUCGAGUGGCUCAGCGAGCCUGGCGAAUCACACGCAGUCCGCUUAAUUGGCCAAACGCGUCGCUUCAGCCGGAGUAGCCUUAACGUGAACCCUGCUUCUCAACCAUCUUAAGAUCUCUUAAUGCCAUGUUUGUAUAGUACAGCUGCUAAGCCUGUUAUAUAGGGCUACAGGCUCUCUAUUUUCCCCAGCCUUCCUUCACCUGACUCGAUCUCGCUUGGACAACCCGAUUCGGUCGUGCCACAUCCAACUUCACAUCCUACACCACCAUGACAUCGCCAUUGCAGACGUCGCAUCUACGCAAAUGGAUCUUCCAGUCUCCGCCGGCAGAAUGGGCCCUCUCAAACGUGAGGGAGAUGCUGAUGGCGGCUAUACGGCAAGGCCCGGUUCCCGAACAUGUUGCCUUUGUGAUGGACGGGAACAGGCGUUUUGCGAAGAGCCAUAAAAUUGAAGUUGUUGAGGGCCAUAACAUGGGCUUUGAGGCUUUGGCAAAGAUUUUGGAGGUCUGCUACAAGAUUGGAGUCAAGGUGGUCACUAUAUAUGCCUUCAGCAUCGAAAACUUUAAACGCACCAAGUACGAAGUCGACGCGCUCAUGGACAUGGCGAAGACGAAGCUUUCGCAGUUGGCACAGCAUGGCGAACUGCUUGAACGAUAUGGUGCCAAAAUGCAAUUCUUGGGACAGCGGGAAAUGGUGCGCUCAGAUGUGCUGGAAGCCAUCGAUAAAGCGAUCAAGCUGACUAGUGGCAACGGACGGGCGAUAUUGAACAUCUGCGCGCCCUACACCUCACGAGACGAGAUCACGACCGCAAUACGAAACACCGUUCGCGACUACACCAAACCGGUGAAGCCGGCGCUGAAGCGACCAUUCUCGGAGUCCCACAUCUCGCGCAACAUUCGAGCCCAGCAGCUCAGUACGGUCAAAGAAACGGAGGAGAUUACCAAACCUCGCGAGAAUGGCGCAGGAGAUGAUCUUAACGAGCAGGAAGCUAUGGCGGCAUAUACACGCAUCGACAACAUCGUAGAACGAUACCUAGAGCACAUCGAUCCCGAUGAAUCGUUCGUGGCGCCCACGGACGCAAUCCUCGACAUCUUCCGAGACCAUACGCUCAGCGAUGAGGAGAAGCGGAAACGUGUAAACAAGGCUGUCAAUAGCUCAGUGUCGUCGACGGACUUUGCAGACUUGAAGGCGCUCACGGCACUGCUCGACCACACGGCAUCGGUCGACUCCUCAACGCUAAACCUCAGCACGAGCGACCCCAACACGAAUAACUCGCUGCCAACGACCAAUUUUCCGGAUCCGGAAGCCAUUGACGAAGACACGAUCACUGCACAUACAUUUACGGGCGCGGACUGUCCACCUUUGGACCUGCUUAUAAGGACAAGUGGAGUGGAAAGGCUGAGCGACUUCAUGCUGUGGCAGUGCCACCAGGACACAGAGAUUGUCUUUCUGAAGUGCAUGUGGCCCGAGUUCGAUCUAUGGCACUUCAUGCCUGUGCUGCUGGAAUGGCAGUGGCAGCGGAGGAAAGGACUCCCGCUGGAUUUGCAGGAGCGUAGGAAAAGACUGUGAACUUCGUUCAGUUUCAAGACAUCGUGUAGACUUCAGCAUUUGCAUGAUUUUUUUUUUUAUAAGCUUUAUACUUUAUUUAGAGGGCCCGUGGGCGCACUUGUAAGCAUUCGACCGUUCGACAAUAUACAGGUCUAGCGUAGAGAAUGAUAUACCCAUUACAUGUAGCGGUGCC